UUCUCCAAUUGCAACUGAAAAUUGCCUGAAACCCUUGAUUGUUCGUUUUUAGGGUUUUCAGGAGGUGAUAGGACAAAUCCAUUGGCAAAGACGUCACUAGACGAUGUUAAAAAACCCUAAUAAAAUUCAAACCCAAUAUUAAUUUAUAAAAAGUAAACAGUAAUUCCACCGGGACCAUAGGUCUUUUUUUUAAAUUGUCGUCGCGUGAUUUUUUUUCCAGUCAAGUCGUACCUUAGAAUCAGUCCGGAUAUAAUAUAAUACGAUAGCGUUGCGUGAACCUCUUCCUUUAUACCUUCUUAUUCUUCUUUAAAUAAUUCUUCUCUUGAGCUCAUUGAUUUACAAAAGGACAUUCUUCUUCUCCUUUCGUUGUUCUUAAUCUCUCAUUUGUAGGGUGGUUCUGUUGAUAGCUUUUGCUUUGUUUUUGUUGAUUUUGAAGCUUAAUUGGGAUUACUUAAAUUACUGGGUCUUGCGUUUUAUAUCGACCCGUUUCAAUUUUUGCCCCCGUUUUGUUCGAAUCCAUCGGUUUUGUAGUUGAUUUGAACCAUUUAAGGUCUUCUUGCAGUUAAAUCCAAGAAGUUUGAGCUGUUCCCGAAACAGUCAAUAAGUUUCAAUCAUUACUUGAAGAGCUAAAGAAUUAGAAGAUGACGAUUGGAAGUCUUAAACCAGCUAAAGAGAAGAAAUCUCGAAAGGGCAAGCAGGUUGUUGAUGAGAAAGCCCCUCUCUUACCCAGUAAGCAAGAGGAAGAUGGUGGGUUUGAUGAGUUCAAUGGGGCUUCAUUUGGUGGGGCAGUGUUCAAUUUGUCCACCACAAUUGUUGGUGCAGGAAUCAUGGCCUUGCCCGCAACUAUGAAAGUGUUGGGUCUUGUUCUUGGAAUUGCUUUGAUCAUCUUCAUGGCAUUUCUAACAGAGGCUUCAAUUGAGUUGUUGAUCAGGUUUAGUAGAGCUGGCAAAACGGUUUCUUAUGGAGGUGUAAUGGGUGAAGCUUUUGGCAAGUAUGGCAGAAUGUUGCUGCAAAUAUGUAUUUUGGUCAACAAUGUUGGUGUUCUUGUUGUGUACAUGAUCAUUAUUGGUGAUGUGCUUUCUGGAACAACCUCAAGUGGAAUUCACCAUGCUGGUGUCCUGGAAGGUUGGUUUGGAAUGCACUGGUGGAAUGGGCGUUUCUUUGUUCUUCUUGUCACUACCCUUGCUAUAUUUGCUCCAUUGGCAAGCUUAAAACGUAUUGAUUCAUUAAGAUUCACUUCUGCUUUAUCAGUUGGACUAGCGGUUGUGUUCCUGGUUAUUACGGCAGGAAUCACCAUUUUCAAGUUGAUAAGUGGAAGCAUUUUGAUGCCUAGAUUGCUUCCUGAUGUUUAUGAUUUGACAUCGUUCUUUAAUCUCUUCACCGUUGUCCCUGUUCUUGUCACUGCAUACAUCUGCCACUACAAUGUUCACUCCAUAGACAAUGAACUUGAAGACAACAAACAGAUAAAAUCAGUUGUACGAGCCUCGCUUGCUCUCUGCUCAACUGUGUAUGUACUGACUAGCCUAUUUGGAUUCCUUCUUUUCGGUGAUGCAACUCUUGAUGAUGUGCUCGCCAACUUCGACACUGACCUUGGAAUUUCGUAUGGCUCCCUGCUUAGUGAUGCUGUGCGUGUUAGCUAUGCUGCCCACUUGAUGCUUGUCUUUCCCAUUGUUUUCUAUCCAUUGCGGUUGAACUUGAACGGCCUACUCUUCCCUUUGGCCAGGCCUUUGACUUCAGACAACUUUAGAUUUGUAUUAAUCAGUGCUGGGCUAAUUACUCUCAUCUUCUUGGGGGCAAAUUUUAUACCCAGCAUUUGGGAUGUUUUUCAGUUCACAGGAGCAACUGCAGCAGUUUGCAUUGGGUUCAUCCUUCCUGCUGCCAUUACUCUUAGGGACCAUCAUGGCAUAGCAACAAUGAAGGACAAGAUUUUGUGUAUUUUCAUGAUUGUCCUUGCUGUCUUCUCGAACCUGGUGGCCAUUUAUAGCGAUUCCUAUUCCUUGUUCAAGAAAAACGCAUCACCACGCGAAUGAAUUCUCCUGUUUGGGGGCACUGCAGUAAUGGACCUGGCAGUGAUGACCUCUUUUUACCAUGAAGACACUCUGAAGGCCGGAUCAAUCGCAUUGAAUCAGGAAUUCAGAGUUUUCUAUGGUCUGAUGAGUCAAGUUUCAAUAAGGUAAGUAUGCUGAUCAAUUCCUGAAGUUGAGUUGCCUCGCUGAAAGUAUACAGAAGCUUAUAUUCAAUGUGGAUUCUGUAUUCUUCCUGUGCAUUAUUGUAUUGCAGUUUGUUUAAUUGUAGAAGCUGUUUGUUCAAUUGUAUUGAAUGGGGAUUCAGAGUUUUCUAUGGUCUAAUGAGUGGAGUUUCAAUAAGGUAAGUGCGCUGCUCAACGUUUGAAGUUGAGUUGCCUUGCUGAAAGUAUACAGAGGCCUAUAUGCAAUGUGGACUCUGUAUUAUUCCUGUGCGUUGUUGUAUUGCAGUUUGUUUAGUUGUAGAAGUUGUUAGUGGGAUUGGAAUGCAGGUAUAAACAUACAAACGGAUACCUUGGCUAUGUUAUAUGCUCUUUUCUUUCUUCCCAUUUUUUGAUUCUGCCAUUUGUUUCGUCUAUGAUGGGUUUAGAGCAUCUCCAUGAAGCUAGUUAUUUUAUAUUUGUUAGCUAAAAUAAAGAGUCAAACCAUAAAAUUUAACUAAGAGCAACUCU